GGGAGCUCCUCCCCGUUCCAGUCAGGGGGACCUCCCGGCUUCGAGUUCCGCCUCUCCCGAUUGCUGCCGCUCGCUUGGGUCGCUCUUGUGGCGGCAGCAGCAGCAACAAUCAGCAUGGCGGCCGUGGAGGCCAGAGUGUGCGAGACGGCGGGCUGCAGCAGCGAGGCCAAGCUGCAGUGCCCCACCUGCAUCAAGCUGGGCAUCCACGGCUCCUACUUCUGCUCGCAGGAAUGUUUUAAGGGAAGCUGGGCUACUCACAAGUUACUGCACAAGAAAGCAAAAGAUGAAAAAGCGAAACGGGAAGUUUCUGCCUGGACCGUAGAUGGUGAUAUUAAUACAGAUCCUUGGUCUGGCUAUCGAUAUACUGGUAAACUCAGGCCACAUUACCCACUGAUGCCUACAAGGCCUGUGCCGAGUUAUAUUCAAAGGCCGGAUUAUGCUGAUCACCCCUUAGGUAUGUCUGAAUCAGAACAGGCCCUUAAAGGAACUUCACAAAUAAAGAUUCUUUCAUCAGAAGAUAUAGAAGGGAUGCGAGUAGUGUGUAGGCUUGCUAGGGAAGUAUUAGAUGUUGCAGCCAUGAUGGUGAAGCCAGGUGUGACCACUGAAGAAAUAGACCAUGCAGUACAUUUAGCAUGCAUUGCCCGAAAUUGCUAUCCUUCCCCACUGAACUAUUAUAAUUUUCCUAAGUCUUGCUGUACAUCGGUAAAUGAAGUGAUAUGCCAUGGAAUUCCAGACAGGAGGCAUUUACAAGAGGGAGAUAUUGUUAAUGUGGACAUUACAGUUUAUCGUAAUGGUUAUCACGGGGAUCUCAAUGAGACAUUUUAUGUUGGAGAAGUUGAUGAGGGUGCAAAGAGACUAGUUCAGACAACCUAUGAGUGCCUAAUGCAAGCAAUCGAUGCAGUAAAACCUGGUGUCCGGUAUAGAGAGUUGGGAAAUAUUAUACAGAAACAUGCUCAAGCCAAUGGAUUUUCUGUAGUUCGGAGUUACUGUGGGCAUGGGAUUCAUAAACUUUUCCAUACUGCUCCCAAUGUGCCACAUUAUGCCAAAAAUAAGGCUGUUGGUGUGAUGAAGCCUGGUCACGCGUUUACAAUAGAACCAAUGAUCUGUGAAGGCGGGUGGCAAGAUGAAACUUGGCCCGAUGGCUGGACAGCAGUAACACGUGACGGCAAGCGGUCUGCUCAGUUUGAACACACUCUUCUGGUCACAGAUACUGGAUGUGAAAUCUUAACCCGGCGGCUGGAUAGCAUUCGCCCUCACUUCAUGACCCAGUGCUAACUUAGGCCAAGCUGUGGGGCCUGAACCAAGUGUCCUCUGUACUAUGCAUUUACUAAAGUACAGGCCAGAGGGGAGAUUUUAUCACCUGUUUUCUUGUUGACAGUAGGCGAGAGCAAUUCAGCCUUGCAUUUCAUGUCUUGGAAGAUCGUGAUGCAGAGGAUUGAAAAGCAGAUAGGUUUUAAGAGUGUUUCUUUGCUCAUCUGUUACCCAACAAUAAUGUUUGAGCUUUCUUUUUUUUAAAAAAAAUUCAUUGUCCUUUAUGGUACCACUUUUUUUCCCUCAGCUGGGCUUUUGGCAGUUCUAUCAUUGCCAAAGUACUGGCUGGCACAUGUACGGUAAUUUUUUUCACUCUGAAUGCAAGGUUUGGAAAAUAAGCCUCUCUGCUUUUACAAGUGCCACCUGAGAUUUUAAAAAAACUUUUCUUGUUCCAAAGGUAACUCCUUGCUUAGCUAUUGCUGAAAACACUGUUUUAAUGGGCUGGGCUUUUGUCUGCUUAGGAUUCAGAGGUGGGAUUGUAUGCUAGAAAGUAUUAUCUGUUGCUGUGUCAAGUGUACCUUCUGAAUUUUGUGCUGCCUUUCCCACUUCCGCAUUCUGCUGAAACUUAUGUGGAAAUAUCAUGACCACCUGGUUAAACUGAUAGGCCUGUUUCUCUUUGGCUAACAACUGCACAUGGUGGUUCUUUGUCCAUGGAGGGGAGAACACAGAAUGACUGAGAGCCUGCCUGGUAUAGGCUUUCACCAAGUGCAGCCUCUCAAAACGGGUAUUACUUGACAGCCAAUGAUGCUCCAAAGGUUUGUGUGUCACACUUACAUAAAAAAAAAAUUGAAAUAGAA